AUGACAAUGAACCCGUAUCUCAGCUGGGCGAUUCUGCUGGUGGUGGCCGGUGGCCUAGGAUGGUAUUACACCAAUGGCUCGGCUCCCAAGCCAAAGACAGCCGUCAAGACGGUGGUAGAAAAAGCAGAAAUCGCUGUAGCCCCCAAGAAGCAGAAGCGCAAGCCCAAGAACGUCGAGCCAGCUUCUGAAAAGAAGCCCGAGGUGAAGACCGUGAUUUCACCUGCGACCACCGAAGACGAUCAGCCGGAUGAGGAUGUUGACCGCUUGGAGAUGGCCAGACGUCUUGCUGCGAUCAAGCAGGGAAUCUCCCCGGUCGCGGCCCCUACCUCCAAGAGCCAGAAGAAGAAGGCCAAGAAGACAACUCAGCUUGGAAACGCCUCCCCCGAAGUGAACGCCACCGCCCCUGCCGCCGGAUACGUUUCUGAUAUGCUGGAAGCUCCCGCUCCCGGUGCCUCCGUUCUCCGCGUUACUGGCAACGUGGAGUCCCAGCCCAAGAAACAGAAGGCUCAAAGCUUCAAGCAGGUCGAGACAAAGAAGCAGCGUCAGAAUCGCCUCAAGAACGAGGCGCGCAAGGAACAGGUUGCCGAGGCCGAGGCCGAGCGCCGUAAGCUUCUUGAGAAGCAAUUGCACACUGCCCGCGAACACGAGCGACAGGAGGCUGCUCGCUCAAAGGCCCCGUCUAGCAACGCAUGGCAAACUCAAGGCGCGAAGCCUGCCGCCAACGGAGCCACCCACUCGGCCCCAAUCACUACCCCUUCUCCAGCUGCCGCAACGCCUGUUCAACUUCUGGACACCUUUGAGCCUUCCUCUGCUGCCCCGGCGCCCAAGAAGUGGGAUCAGAACCUACCUUCUGAGGAGGAGCAACUGCGCAUUCUCGGUGCCUCCAACGGAGACGAUGACUGGACGACCGUCUCCAGCAAGAAAGUCACGAAGAAGAAGGGGGGCAAGGCUGAUGAAAGUGUGAGCGAGGCCAGCGCCUCAGAAUCUCAGCCUGUGCCCGAAGCGCCUCUUCCGGUCGAACCCCGUGUCACCGUGACUCCCACUUAUCUUCCGGCUAUCCUCCAGUCUCGUGGAAAGGGUCACCCUCUGGACUCCGACUGGGCUGCUUGA